ACACAGGAAGGUCACACCAUCCCCCACCAUCAUCAGCAUGAAGAACAAAUGUAUAUAAAAGUUGAAGUUAAAGAGGAAGAAGAGGAGAUGAGGGGUGAUCAGCGGUCUCGGGAGGAGACUGGGACGAUGGUGACAAUUAAACGGAAGGAAGCUUCUCUAGAUAACACAGCUGCCCUCUGUCCAAGGGUACGAGGCAGAACCCCUCUGGAAGAUCCACAGAAAGUCUCCCCAACAAGGGACGAGCGUAGAAAACAGAAAAAGAGGAGAAUAACCAACCACACCCGGAAUACGAGAUUCUCCAUGGAAGAGAACACCAUCUUAAUAGAAAGGGUCUCCAAGCACUGGGAAAAGUUAUUCGGCCACCUAUCCCGCCAGAUGUCCUUCCCGGCCAAAAGCAGAAUCUGGAACGAGGUGGUAGAUGCUGUAAACGUCGCCGGCGUGGCGGAGCGGAACGUGGAUACCUGUAAAAGACGCCUAAAUGAUAUAAAGAGACAAAUAAAAACCAAGUUGUCAGAAAUGAAACAGCGAAGGGGGACAGGAGGAGGUCCAACUCCGGAAGUCACAUUUUUUGAAUAUGAAGAAAAGCUCAAGGAAUGCCUGGGGCCGGAUAUUCUUGCCGGAGACAGUGAAUCGGAUGUGAGAGCAUCAACUAAACAGGGGCCUUCCGCGGCUUCCUCCAGAGCAGAGACAGCGGCAUACCUUGAUGUGUUUCACAAUAGAAGACAACCGGAUGAAGAUUCUAUGUUAUCCUAUGAGGACGACGAACAAUCACCAAGUCCCCCCACAUCAGUGCAGCCAGAGGACCUCUUGAUGUCUGAAGAUAAUUCACACCAUCGUCUAAUGCAAAGCGCGGAACAACUGGAAGAGGCCAGUUGUCACUCCAUAGCCAAUGAAAGAGAUUUGAAAGAGUUUAUAGACCCUGAAAAAGCGUGUAAAGUGCUAGAGCCAGCGACGGAUCCUGAAAACGCCCGAACUGCGCCGGCACAGCAUCAAGAAGAAAGGCAUCCGUAUGUUAGGACGUCACGGGGCAAGAGAAAAAGGACUCUUCUUCAGAGAAGAUUGGCAACAAAUAGUUCUAACCAAUUGCAGGACACCCUGGGAAAACUAAUGGACAUGUACAGCAAACAAACUCAUUCCUCGCACCAGAAUAAUUCAACGGUUGCGGAAACCAUCAUGCGGGAACUGCGGCAGACCAAUCAGAACUUGCAUCAGAUAGCCGUCAACUUGGCCGAACAGACGGCCGAACACAGAAACUUCUGUAGCCAGUUACUUGAAGAACAGAAAAAGAUCUCCCUAGCUUUACUAGUGUUGGUGGGGAAUUCAACUCCGCUUGGCCCCGGAGGUCUCAACCUACCACUGAACCCGCCUGAUAAUACAGACAAUCACUCUGCUUCAUAAUGGUUUUGCUUGUGUUGUUCGUUGGACUCUAGUUUUCAGACUGUUAAAUCAUUUCAUUUCAUUGUUAUCUAUGUGUUAUUUGUUAUAUAUAUUUGUUAUUUUUUUGUCAUUAAAUCAAAAAAAGUGGCAAUUCUUAA